AGAAACUCAGAAAAAUUUCAAUUUCUCUGCAAUGGCGGAAUCUCGAUCGGUUUCACCGACUCCUCUACUGAAAGACGAGCUUGAUAUUGUUAUUCCGACCAUUAGAAACCUCGAUUUCCUCGAGAUGUGGAGGCCUUUCUUCCAGCCCUAUCAUCUCAUCAUCAUUCAAGACGGCGACCCGUCCAAAACUAUCAGAGUUCCUCAGGGUUUCGAUUACGAGCUCUACAAUCGCAACGAUAUCAACCGGAUUUUGGGUCCUAAAGCUUCCUGCAUUUCUUAUAAGGAUUCAGCCUGUCGCUGCUUUGGAUUUAUGGUUUCCAAGAAGAAGUAUAUCUUCACCAUUGACGACGAUUGCUUUGUUGCUAAAGAUCCUUCUGGAAAAGACAUUAAUGCACUUGAGCAACAUAUCAAGAACGUUCUAACUCCAUCAACACCAUUUUUCUUCAACACCCUUUACGAUCCAUUCAGAGAUGGUGCUGAUUUCGUCCGUGGAUAUCCAUUCAGCCUACGUGAGGGCAUUCCCACCGCUGUUUCCCACGGUCUCUGGCUUAACAUCCCAGAUUACGACGCCCCAACUCAACUAGUUAAACCUCUUGAGAGAAAUACCCGGUAUGUAGAUGCUGUUAUGACUAUCCCUAAGGGAACCCUCUUCCCUAUGUGUGGUAUGAAUUUGGCUUUCAACCGCGAUUUGAUAGGCCCGGCUAUGUACUUCGGCCUCAUGGGCGAUGGCCAGCCCAUUGGAAGGUACGAUGAUAUGUGGGCUGGCUGGUGUAUGAAGGUUAUAUGUGAUCACAUGGGUUUGGGAGUGAAAACUGGUUUACCAUACAUAUGGCAUAGUAAAGCCAGCAACCCUUUUGUGAAUCUUAAGAAGGAAUACAAAGGAAUUUAUUGGCAAGAGGAGUUAAUCCCAUUUUUUCAAUCGACUGUUCUUCCAAAGGAAUGCACGAGUGUGCAGAAAUGUUAUCUUGAACUGUCUAAGCAAGUGAGGGCGAAAUUGGGAAAAGUUGACGAGUAUUUUAUCAAAUUGGCCGAUGCUAUGGUCACAUGGAUUGAGGCGUGGGACGAGCUGAACCCAACUGAUCAGGGAUCUAGUCAGGCAUUGGCUAAUGGUAUCAAGAAAAUAGGGAUAUAGAUCGAUAGAUAUUCAUCUUCUUGUUGUUUGGAGUUGUGAACAAUAAUAGUAAUAAAAUUGAUGAGCUUUCAUUUCAUUUCAUUGUAUUAUGGCUUUGGAAAAUCAGUUUGUGGGAUUUUGGAUCUGAGUUGGGUUUCUAA